AACUAAACCCAUUCGUUUGCGACUCGUCAUUAAAAUCAAAGGAGAAGAAUAUAUGUGUGUAUGUGUGUGUGUUUGUAGCUAGCUAGCUAGUCUAGUGAAGAACCGAUGGAACGUAUUCCACAAAUCGCCAUAAUUUUUGAGAAUAAGAACUGCGAGGAGGUGUUGUGUUUGAAAUAUAGAGGAGACACCAGCUCAACGGAUCUACUGUGGCACUCUCCUUUUUAGCUAGCUCGCUGAAUAGUCCAGAUAAAGCUAGCUAGCAAGCAUCCUGUCGGGCUAAUAGUCACAUAGCCUCAGUUUUCACUACAAGACGGAGCAACAUUAAUUGAGUAACGACUGAUAUAGAUACAGUAUUUGAAAGCUCCAUCCAUCUUCCAUGGCUUCAUCAGAGGUCAGCAUGCAGGAAAUGAGGGAGGUUGUGAUUGUCACCAUACCGGAAACUGUGAGUGACGACCUCCCCUCUGUGGUGGAGGAGGACAAAGCAGUGCUAGUGACUGCAGAGCUGACCCCACGGCCAGGGGAGGAUGUCCUCACAGUAGCACCAGUGGAUGUAGAAGCUGAAGCCAGUGGAUCAGAUUCACUGUCAAAGGAGGAGGCAGUCAUUGUGAAAUUAACUGAGGAGGUGGAUGUGGAAGCUGAUGUCUUCUACCCCAUCACCUGUGGAGAUGCCAAAGCGACGCUGGUCUGGAAGAAAUUUGUCUGUCCUGGGAUCAAUGUGAAAUGUGUCCAGUUCAGUGAGCAGCUCAUUAGCCCGAAGGAGUUUGUGUGUUUAGCAGGGAAAUCCACUUUGAAAGACUGGAAGAGAGCCAUCCGCCUCAACGGCACCAUGCUCAGGAAGAUCAUGGAUUCAGGUGAACUGGACUUCUACCAGCAUACAAAGGUCUGCUCCAACACAUGCCGAAGCACUAAGAUAGACCUGGUGGGAACUAAAGUGUCCAUCGGCAGUGAUCAAUCCGCAGACCUGGUCCCUGCCACCCCCUUAUCAGCUGAUUUGAAUGGAGCAGCAGCCUCAUUUCCUGAGGUGACAGAGGAGACUUCAGAGUGGGUCACAGCCAUCGGAGAGGACUCUGUGGUGUUUUGGCGUGCAGUGAAGGAGGCAGGACUGCUAGAGGAGGUUGUGGAGGACUUUGAGAAGGAGCUGCAGGAGGUGCUGAGGGGGCUGCAAGAGAGAGUGUGCGACCCACCCCUACAGGUCAAAGAUGCAGUUUUGCUCAACAAUAUAGUGCAGAACUUUGGGAUGUUGGACUUGGUGAAGAAGGUUCUGGCCAGUCAUAAAAGCCAGAUGGACCGUUACAGAGAACAGUACACUCGCAGCCUCGCUGCUCUGGAACAGCAGUGUGAUGAGCAUAGGAAGCGAGCCAAAGAGCUGAAGAGCAAAUCCCAGCACCUCAACAAUGUCCUGAUGACCCUCACCCCAGUUCCAGCACCCCCUGCACCCAAGCGCCCGCGGCUGACCCGCGCCGUCUCUGGCCCAGCCACUGUCAGUGCUACUCCCACCCAGAUCACUCUGCCUCUCAAUCAGCUGGCUGGCUUGCCACUGGGCAAGGUGCUGACCGUGGCAGGAUCCCCGGCUGGCACCAACCUGGGCGGGUACACCCUCCUGACCUCCACACUUUCUGGGUCAGAGUUGGUGGCUGACUCCUCUAACUUGACUUUGCUGUCUACUGCGGCAGGUCAGGAGGGCACAGCCGGCGCCAGUGGCUCCACAGCCUCCACUGCCUUCGUUAAGGUGGUCGGCCCUCAGUUCCAGCUGGUGACGCUGCCAGCCACGCUCCAGAACUUGGCCACCACACAGAGCACUGCUGUCCAACAGCAGGUCGGCAGCAUCAGUGUGGUGGACGCCACAGUAACCACUGAUGAUUCACAAGAUGAACGCCAGGCUGAUGGUGAUGAUGAAGGUCAGCCAGAGCAGGUUAAAGAGGAAGAUGAGUCUGCUGAGCAGCAGUGAGAACAGCUGUAAUCGCCUUCACCUCAUGAUUGGGUUUGAGUGUGCAUUUCCUGUGAUGGCUCCUACACAUUUUGACUUCUCCAGAUCAUUUUGUUUCAUUGUGUUCAUUUGUCACACAAGCAUGAGCCUUCCUUUUAGAUGUCCCUCAACAUUUAAGAUACCCAAAUUUUGUAUUAGAGCGGCACCUGGUGUCAGGAGUGUGUAUUUCAGUGGUGAUUUUACUGUAAAUAUGUAUUUGUACCUAAUAUAUUUGAUACAACUGUAUGGAUAUGUUCCAUGUAGGGUGGAAAAGGGAGCAUUGUUCAAUCUGGUAAUAAAUGCUCAGGUUUCAAGAACAAA